UGGUGCAGUCAGAUUACAGCAAAAUUAAGAAUAUUUAAGUCUUGCAACAAUUUUGCCUUUCACUACGCCCUUCGCAUUGAGACCUCUGCCUCCACUCACGUCCUCUAUCUCCGCUCUGCUUUAUCUGCCGGUACUAGUCGGCGAACCACCGGCGACAUUUCCAGUUGAUUCCUUUUGGGCAUUAAUUUGAAUCUCAUCUUGAAAUAGGAUUGGAAUGGACAGCUUUCGCCAAGAAAAAGUACAGAGAUUCGAGGAAUUUGUUGACGGACGCUUGAAACCUGAUCUUGUUCAUGCUAUUGCUGAACGGGACAAGGUGUUUGAACAACAAAAGAUUUUAUUUGCGAAGGAAUAUAGAGAAUCUGGAGAAAAAUAGUGUAACAAGUCUUAGGACAUUAGUUAAUCUUGGCUCUGAAGUGUACAUGCAAGCUGAUGUGCCCGAUACAAAACGAAUAUUUGUGGAUGUUGGACUAGGAUUCCACGUCGAGUUCACAUGGUCAGAAGCUUUGAAUUACAUAUCCUUAAGGGAAGAAAAAUUAUCCAGGCAAAUUGAAGAGUAUACUCACCUUAUUGCAUCAAUUAAGGCCCAGAUCAAACUGGUAUUUCCCUUUAUGGCAAUGAUCUUUUAUUCUUGUCCUCUACAUCUAUUCUGUAAACAGAUUACCGAAUGAGACUUUCCAACUUGGUCUGUGAAGGGAUUAGGGAGUUACUCCAACUUCCAGCAGAGAAACCUGUACAAGAGCGCAUCUUUUAACACUUAAAAAAUGAGUCUGUAAGAAGCUGAUAACGUACAUAACAUGAAUUCUGAAAACAAACUAUUAUCUUCUUGAUUCAUGAAAUAUAUAAAACAUCUAUGUCUUAUGCUUC